UACGAUCGCCUCGCCCGCAUUCGAGAUCUCGCGCUCUCGGGCUCCCGUCCCGUUGUGCUACCGGCAGCCCCUCCCCUCCUCAUUGAACUGUACAACGUCAGCCUUAUGACGGUCACCAGCUUGGUGAUGCAAAACCGACGGGGUCAUGCCUCCGCCAAGCAGCCCCUCCGUCUCCCCAUCAUCGCUCCCAAAGAAGAAGUCUUCAAUGGCAAGAAUGAGAAGAGCUUGAUUGCACCUCCACGCAUUCGCCUCCCUCCUCGAUCCCGGACGGGUUGUUGGUAUGUUUCUUUUCUCCCUCUCUUUUUUGCGUCAUUCCUCUUUUCUCCCCUACAAGCGCAAUGUAUGAAAGAAACUGUUCGGAAGCUAAUCGCGCUUUUUUGGCCCUCUCUAGGACAUGUCGGAGUCGAAAAGCAAUGUGCUCGACUCGGCCACAUUUGCGACUAUCGGCCACGCCUCGCCUUCCGCGACGACACAGCCCGCAUCAUGGGCCGGAUGGCUGAUGUCAAAACUGAGGGAAACAUCGUCUGGGAUCUUUCGUCGCCGGCGUCCAGCGAAGAUCGCUCGGACUAUUUUUCCACGGGAGAUUCAUUACCGCCCUUUUCCCUCCUGACGUCGGAUGAGGAUCGCGAGAGGAAAGCCGAGACCUCCAAUCCCGGGACUUACCAUGUGGUCGUGGUCCCGGACAGUUUCUCUACCCUCCCGGAGUAUUCCGAUGAUGCCACCGAGAAGUCCAAUGUCAUCGAAUCCAUUCAUUCCGUGACGAGCAGUCCCAUCAGUGCCGUCCCGUCCGAGAGCACGGCCGGUGAGGACCCCAACGUGGUCAUCCUGAAGACCUUCGAGGACGUCACCCGGCGUUCUUCCUCCACGGGUCGGACAUCUCGAAUCUCCCCCACCUCCGAGAUUUCAGAUCCCUUUGGAUCCCUUUCUUUAUCUCCCAUCCUCGAUUCUCUCCCUUCCCCAGUCGUCUUUGAAGACGAUCAAUUCACUUUCUUUGACCAGCGUCUAGAGCAAUCCAGUCACUCCAUCCAAGACUCAACCCUCUUUGCUCACUUCCGCCAUGUGGUUUGGAAGCAAUUAUUUCCUCAUGAUCGUGGGCUAGAUGAUACAUAUGGGUUUGAGAGGAAUGGAAUGACUUUAAGUGUCGACUUCCUUGGACGGGAAGCCGCGCAUUUCCCUCCCCUCUCUCAUGCGAUCAUGGCUGUCUCCGCACUCAGCUUGUCCCACAGUGGCACAGGGCAGAAUGUUGAUGCGCUGCAAUACUAUCAGCAGGCCUUCCCUUCUCUUCAGGCUAGCCUACGGAACAACGAUGACCUUGUUUCGGAUGGACUCUUUCUCACACACUUCUUGCUACUAAUUUACGAGGUAGCAGCAGCUGAGCCCCAUGGCUCUAACCUCUGGUCUCACCAUAUUUCUCGCCUGCUCCAUAUUUCCUUUCUCCGACGGUCAAAAUUUGGCCGUGAACCUCAUCCCUUUAUCCUCUGGUGGAUUUGCCACAUUGACCUCUACGCCCUGCUCAGUGGAGCGGGAACGGGAGAGUUUGUGCGGGCGAUUAUGGACCACCAAAUGCUGCCUGGGUCCGAAUGCCUGCUCUACCCAGCAGUUCCGGAAGGAUACAGCGUGAUUUAUGCCGAUGAACACGAUAGUCUCCCCGCAAUUAUGCGUCUCUACGCCGAAACUUUUACCUUGGCCGCCCAGCUGGGGUCUUUGGCCUCUCAGCUCCGUCAGAACAAGCAAUCCGCCUCGGCCUCGGAAUUCAACCAACGAUCGAAGGAAAUCGGCUCCCUCCGCCAGGCCUUGGCUCGGCUCUGGGAGGCAUCGGACAUUUCCUUCUACUUUCAGCACCAGGACAGUCUACCCCAGCGGUCCCGGGAACUCUUGCAGCAGUCGGCUUCUCUUUUCCAUGUAUGCCAAUUAUUCUCCUACAGCAGCAUGUGGCCCGGCCAGCGCCUUGAGUCUGAGUUUACCCCGGAUGGCGAGAUCGAUCAUCAUGCGUCCGAGAUUUUGCGCAUUGCCGAGCAGACGACCUCAACCCGCCGAGCCGACCGGCACUUCCUCGUUUUCCCGCUCUUCCUGGCCGGAGCCACGGCUUCGGCUAGCGGGCUCAAGAUGAUGGCGAUGGAAUUGAUGACCGGGAUGGAAGACGAAGAGGACGGAAUGGGGCGCAAUGCUGCCACCACCCGGGCCAUUCUCCAGACGGUCUACGAACGACAGCUGGAGCGAUUGAUGCGUGUUGGCCACACGUUGGAUGUGGAUUGGGCUGAUUUGAUGACCCAGGAAGGAUUGCAAAUGGUCAAUUUUGGAUUCUAA